AUGACGGGCAAAGUUCACAUCGCAGAUACCCCCGUCACUCGCUACAACUGGCACAAGCAUGUCAAUUGGCUCAACACCUUUUUCAUCCUGGGAAUCCCCUUGUACGGUUGCAUCCAGGCCUUCUGGGUGCCACUAAGACUCAACACCGCCAUCUGGGCCAUUCUCUACUACUUCUUCACUGGUUUGGGCAUCACGGCUGGAUAUCACCGUCUAUGGGCUCACAGCUCCUAUUCCGCGACUCUUCCCCUUCGCAUUUGGCUUGCCGCUGCCGGUGGUGGCUCGGCCCAGGGCUCGAUUCGCUGGUGGGCACGUGACCACCGGGCCCAUCAUCGUUACACGGACACGGACAAGGAUCCCUACUCGGUUCGGAAGGGCUUGCUCUAUUCGCACUUCGGUUGGAUGGUCAUGAAACAGAACCCCAAGCGGAUUGGCCGUACGGACAUCUCUGAUCUCAAUGAGGAUCCGGUUGUGGUCUGGCAGCACCGGAACUACAUCAAAGUGGUCUUCACCAUGGGUCUGGUCUUUCCCAUGUUGGUGGCAGGGCUUGGUUGGGGUGAUUGGUGGGGUGGCUUUAUCUACGCAGGUAUUUUGCGUAUCUUCUUUGUCCAGCAAGCCACCUUCUGUGUCAACUCGUUGGCUCACUGGCUUGGUGACCAGCCGUUCGAUGACCGGAAUUCUCCUAGGGACCAUGUCUUCACCGCGCUGGCCACCCUGGGUGAGGGGUACCAUAACUUUCACCAUGAGUUCCCGUCGGACUAUCGCAAUGCGAUUGAAUGGCAUCAAUAUGAUCCCACUAAAUGGAGCAUCUGGGUAUGGAAGCAGCUUGGUUUGGCCUACAGCCUGAAGCAGUUCCGCGCCAACGAAAUCGAAAAGGGCCGCAUCCAGCAACUCCAGAAGAAGGUCGACCAGAAGCGCUCUCAACUCGACUGGGGCAUUUCUUUGGACCAGUUGCCCAUCAUGGAAUGGGACGACUACGAGGACCAGGCCAAGAGCGGCGGUCGUGCUUUGGUGGUAAUUGCUGGCAUUGUUCACGAUGUCACCGACUUCGUCAAGGACCACCCUGGCGGCAAGGCUAUGAUCAGCUCCGGCAUUGGCAAGGAUGCAACGGCGAUGUUUAAUGGUGGCAUCUAUUACCAUUCCAAUGCGGCUCACAACUUGCUGUCUACCAUGCGUAUUGGCGUUAUCCGUGGUGGUAGUGAGGUCGAGAUCUGGAGACAUAACCAGGUCGAGGGCAACAAGUACAUUCGCAAUGAAUCGGGCCAACACAUCACUCGUGCCGGUGAACAGGUCACCAAGACACCGACGCCUAUUCCCACUGCGGACACGGCAUGA